AUGGCAGAGUUCGCAGGAAAGCUGGCCAUCGUCACCGGCGCUGCCAAGUCCAACGGUAUCGGCUUCGCCACCGCUCUCCUGCUCGCUCAGAAAGGAGCAGAUAUCGUCCUGCACUACAACUCCAACGCCGCCGCCGCCGAGACCGCCGUGUCCAAACUCCAAUCCCUCGGAGUGAAGGCCAUCAGCGUCUCAGCCGACGCCGCGUCCCCAGACUUCGGCACGACCAUUGUCGACGCAACCCUCAAAGCAUUCCCCAACCGCAAGAUCGACAUCAUCAUCAACAACGCCGCGGCCGUCCUCUUCGCCAGCUCGGCCUUCGACAAUGAAGGCUUCGACAACAUCUUCCACGCCAACGUGCGCGGACCCUUACUCCUCGUCGGCGCCGCUCUGCCUCACAUGGCCAAGCCUGGUGGCCGGGUGAUCAGCAUCGGCACCGUGGCAUCGCGCAUCGGGUCGCGCUUUGCAGGGCUCUACGCGGCGACCAAGGGCGCGUUGAACACCUUGACAUUCACGUGGGCCGAAGAGUUGGGGCCGAUGGGAAUCACGGCCAAUAUCGUGUCGCCGGGCCCGAUUGGCACGGACAAUGUGCCGCCUGAGGAGCACGAGUUGGUGAAGCGGUUCAGGUCGGAGCAGCAGAUCAAGAGAAAUGGAACGGUGGAAGAGGUCGCGGAGGUGAUUGUGUUUAUUGCGAGCAAGGGAAGCAGCUUCGUGACGGGCCAGGUCGUGGGCGUUGAUGGCGGGUUCAGUCAUGCUUGA